CGGGCCCCGCGCCAGCCGACGGCGGGAGGACACCGCCUCCCGCAGCCGCCCGGAGUGCACGCGCGCCCGGCCGCGUCCCCGAGCAGGCAGCCAUGGCCCCGCGCGGCCCGCGCCUCGGCGUCCUGGGCGUCCUGGCGGUCCUGGGCGCCUGCUGCGGGGCGGCGGCCGCGCGGCUGUGGCAGUUCUACGUGGCGGCCCAGGGCGUGGACUGGAGCUACCGGCCCGAGACCCCCGAGCCCAGUUCGAAUCCUUCCUUUAAGAAAAUUGUCUACAGAGAGUAUGAACCAUAUUUUCUGAAAGAAAAACCACGAUCCAAAACUUCAGGACUUCUUGGGCCUACCUUGUAUGCCGAAGUUGGAGACAUCGUGAAAGUUCACUUUAAGAAUAAGGCAGACAAGCCCAUAAGCAUCCAUCCUCAAGGAAUUAAAUACAGUAAAUUCUCAGAAGGUGCUUCUUACUCUGAUCACACAUUCCUGGUGGAGAAGAUGGAUGAUGCCAUAGCUCCGGGCCAGGAAUAUACGUAUGAGUGGAAGAUCAGUGAGGACAGCGGACCCACACACGAUGACCCUCCAUGCCUUACACACAUCUAUUACUCCUAUGAAAAUUUGAUACAGGACUUCAACUCUGGGCUGAUUGGACCUCUGCUCAUUUGUAAGAAAGGUACCCUCACUGACGACGGGGUUCAGAAGAUGUUUGACAAACAACACGUGCUGAUGUUUGCUGUGUUUGACGAAAGCAAGAGCUGGAGCCCGUCAUCGUCUUUAAUGUACACAGUCAAUGGCUAUGUGAACGGAACAAUGCCAGAUAUCGCAGUUUGUGCCCAUGACCACAUUAGCUGGCAUCUGAUUGGAAUGAGUUCUGGGCCAGAGCUGUUUUCCAUUCAUUUCAACGGCCAGGUCUUGGAGCAGAAUCAUCAUAAGAUCUCGGCUAUCACCCUUGUCAGUGCUACAUCCACUACUGCAAACAUGACUAUGAGCCCAGAGGGAAAGUGGAUCAUAUCUUCUCUCAUCCCAAGACAUUUUCAAGCUGGGAUGCAGGCUCACAUUGACAUUAAAAACUGUGCGAAGAAAACCAGGAAUCCUAAGAAACUAACUCGUGACCAGAGGCGGCACAUGAAGAGGUGGGAAUACUUCAUUGCUGCGGAGGAAGUCAUCUGGGACUACGCACCGGUAAUACCAGUGAAUAUGGACAAAAAAUACAGAUCUCUGCAUUUGGAUAAUUUCUCAAACCAAAUUGGAAAACAUUAUAAGAAGGUUGUCUACAAACAGUAUCAAGAUGAAUCUUUCACUAAACGUAUGGAGAAUGAUAAUAUCAAAGAAGAUGGGAUCUUGGGCCCGAUUAUCAGAGCCCAGGUCAGAGACACACUCAAAAUCGUGUUCAAGAACAUGGCCAGCCGCGUCUACAGCAUUUACCCGCACGGAGUGACCUUCUCUCCGCACGAGGACGAAGCCAACGCGUCCCUCACUUCAGACAACAAGACCAUGGUCAGAGCCGUCCGACCAGGGGAAACGUACACUUACAAGUGGAACAUCCUGGAGUCCGACGAGCCCACCGAGCACGACGCGCAGUGCCUAACGAGGCCCUACUACAGUCACGUGGACGUCACCAGGGACAUCGCGUCCGGGCUGAUCGGCCUACUGCUCAUUUGCAAGAGCCGAUCCCUUGAUAAACGAGGCGUACAGAGGGCAGCAGACAUCGAGCAGCAGGCCGUGUUUGCAGUGUUUGAUGAGAACAAGAGCUGGUACAUUGAGGACAACAUCAACAAGUUCUGUGAAAAUCCCGACAAGGUGAAACGUGAUGACCCCAAGUUUUAUGAAUCAAACAUCAUGAGCACGAUCAACGGCUAUGUCCCUGAGAGUAUACCCACACUUGGAUUCUGCUUUGAUGACACCGUCCAGUGGCACUUCUGCAGUGUAGGAACCCAGGAUGACAUUUUGACCAUUCACUUCACUGGGCACUCAUUCAUCUAUGGAAAGAGACAUGAGGACACCUUGACCCUCUUCCCCAUGCGUGGGGAAUCUGUGACGGUCACCAUGGAUAAUGUUGGAACUUGGAUGUUAACGACAAUAAAUUCCAAUCCAAGAAACAAAAACCUAAGGUUGAGAUUCAGGGAUGUUAAAUGUAUCCGAGAUGAUUACGAAGACUCAUAUGAGAUUAUCUACGGACCUUCCGCAUCUACAGCCAUGACUACACGGAAAAUGCGUGAUUCUUCAGAAAACAGGGGUGAAGAGGUUGAUGAUGACGAUGAUUACCAGAACAGCCUGGCUUCAUGGCUGGGAAUUAGGUCAUUCAGAAAUUCAUCACUUAAUCAGGAGGAAGAGGAGUUUAAUCUUACUGCCCUAGCUCUGGAGAACAAUUCUGAAUUCAUUCCUCCUGAUACAGCUCUUAGUUCAAAUUCUUCUUCCCUAAGUAACAUUAGCAGGUUUACUGUCUAUAACUUUGCAAAACCUCAGAAAACUCUUCCUUACCCAGCAGCCACCAUGGCUGGUCCCUCUCUGGGACACAUUGGCUUAGACAAGAACUCAGCUUUCAACCAUUCGACAGCAGAACAUUCCAGCCCUUAUUCUGAAGACUCUGUAGAGGAUCCUCUACAGCCAGACAUCACAGGGAUAAGCCUACUUCCAUUUGAUGCAGAAGGAUUCAGGGGUCAAGAACAUGCUAAGCAUAAGGGAUCCAAGAAAGGAAGAGAGCACACAGCGAAGGACAGGUUCUCCCGAGUGGGAUUUUCAGCACAAAAAACUGGGAGAUACUUAAGCCAAGGCAAUUCUUCUCCUUCCAGAAUGGGAUCCUGGAAAGACCUUCCCAGUGAUCCAUUACUCUUAAAACAAAAGAAUCCAUCCAAGAUUGUGAAUGGGAAGUGGCAUGUGGUGUCUGAGAAAGGUAGUUAUGAAAUAGUUCCAGAUGCUGAUGAAGACAUGGCUGUUGAUAAGCUGCUGGACAGCCCCAAGAAUGCCUCAAGGACUUGGGGAGAAAACAGCCCUCUCAUAAAAAAGCACAGAAAGCAGAGUGGCCACCCCAGAUUUUCUGGAAUUAGAAAUAAAUCUCUCCAAGUAAAACAGGACGGAGGAAACAGUGGAUUGAAGAAAAUCCCUUUUUUCAUUAAAACACGAAAAAAGAAAAAAGAAGUGAAGUUUGCACACCAUAUUCCUCUAUCUCCAAGGGGCUUCCACCCUCUAAGAGGAAAGGCCAAUACCACAUUUUCAGACAGGAGACUUGAUCAUUCAUUGUUACCCCAUAAAUCUGAUGAAACAUCUUUUCCCACAGACCUCAAUCAGACAUUCCCCUCUGUGAAUCUGAGCCUGUUAGCCUCACUUCCUGACCAUAAUCACAAUGCCCCAGAUGACACCAGUCAGACGAGCUCCCCUUUAGAUCUUUAUCAGACAAUACCCCCAGAAGAAUACUAUCAGACAUUUCCUAUUCAAGAAUCUGAUCAAAUACACUCCACUACAGACUCUAGCCACACAUCUCUUCCAGAGUCUGGCCAGAUGCUCGACUAUGACCUAAGAAAAAAGCCAUUCUCUACUAACAUUGAUCAAAUGUUCCCUCCUUUGGAACCUGAAGCCUGGCAGGCAACUCUCUCUGCAGGUCUCAGUCAACUAACUAUUUCCCCGGAUUUUGGUCAUACAACCUUUUCUCCAGACCUCAGCCAGACAACCCUGUCCCCAGACCUCAGCAAGACAACCCUUUCCCCAGACUUCGACCAUACAACCUUUUCUCCAGAGCUCAUCCAGACAACAUUUUCUCCAGACCUUGACCAGACAACCUUUUCUCCAGACCCUGACCAGACAACCUUUUCUCCAGACCUCAGCCAGACAACACUUUACCCAGACCUUGACCAGACCAGCUUUUCUUCAGACCUCAGCCAGACAACACUUUCCCCAGACCUCAGCCAGACACCCUUUUCUCCAGACCUCAGCCAGACAAACCUGUCCCCAGACCUCAGCAAGACAACCCUUUCCCCAGACUUCAACCAUACAACCUUUUCUCCAGACCUUGACCAGACAACCUUUUCUCCAAACCUUGACCAGACAAUGUUUUCUCCAGACCUCGACCAGGCAAACUUUUCUCCAGACCUCGACCAGACAACCUUUUCUCCAGACCCUGACCAGACAACCUUUUCUCCAGACCUCAGCCAGACAACACUUUACCCAGACCUUGACCAGACCAGCUUUUCUUCAGACCUCAGCCAGACAACACUUUCCCCAGACCUCAGCCAGACACCCUUUUCUCCAGACCUUGAGCAGGAGACUCUCUCAUCAGACAUCAGCCAGACAACCCUUUUUCCAGACCUCGAUCAGAUGCUCCUUUACCCAGACCUCAACCAGGCAACUCUCUCUCCAAACAUUAGUCAAACAGCCCUUCCUCCUGAUCUAGAUACAUCACUCCCUCCAGACCUUGAUCAGACAUCCUACACCUCUGAAUCUACUCAGUCAUUGCUUCUUCCAGAAUUUGGUCAGACUUCCCCUCAUCCAGACAUUGGUCAGGUGCCAUCUCUUACCCUAAAUAACACUUUUAUGCCAAGAGAGCUUAACCCACCAGUCGUAAUAGGCCUCAGUGCAAAUGAUGGAGAUUAUAUUGAGAUUAUUCCAAGGCAGAAGGAAGAGAGCAGUGAAGAAUACACUGCUGAAAUUGAUUUUGUGGCCUAUGAUGACCCUUACCAAACUGAUACUAGGACAGACAUUAACUCCUCCAGAAAUCCUGACAGCAUUGCAGCGUGGUACCUCCGCAGCAACAGUGGAAACAGAAAAUAUUAUUACAUUGCUGCUGAAGAAAUAUCCUGGGAUUAUUCAAAAUUUGCUCAAAGUGAAGACGUUGAUGAUGAUCCAGAGAACACCAUAUAUAAGAAAGUAGUCUUUCGGAAGUACCUUGAUAGCACUUUUACCAAACGUGAUCCUUUGGGGGAGUAUGAAGAGCAUCUGGGCAUUCUUGGUCCUAUUAUUAGAGCUGAAGUGGAUGAUGUCAUCCAAGUUCGUUUCAAAAAUUUAGCAUCCAGACCAUAUUCUCUUCAUGCCCACGGGCUUUCCUAUGAAAAGUCAUCAGAGGGAAAGACUUACGAAGAUGACUCUCCUGAGUGGUUCAAGGAAGAUAAUGCUGUUCACCCAAACAGCAGUUACACGUACGUAUGGCACGCUACCACCCGAUCCGGACCGGAGAGUCCCGGCUCUGCCUGCCGGGCCUGGGCUUACUACUCAGCAGUGAACCCGGAAAAAGAUAUCCAUUCUGGCUUGAUAGGUCCCCUUCUGAUCUGUGAAAAAGGAGUCCUUGACAAGAGCAACACGCCCAUGGAUAUGAGAGAAUUCGUCUUGCUUUUUAUGAUCUUUGAUGAAAAGAAGAGCUGGUACUAUGAAAAGAAGGCCCAGUCCCCCAGGCCUUGGAGACUUGCAUCUUCAGAAGUCAAAAACUCCCAUGAGUUUCAUGCCAUUAAUGGGAUGAUCUACAACUUGCCUGGCCUGAGAAUGUACGAGCAAGAGUGGGUGAGGUUACACCUGCUGAACAUGGGCAGCUCCCGAGACAUCCAUGUGGUUCACUUUCACGGCCAGACCUUGCUGGAAAAUGGCACUCAACAGCACCAGCUGGGGGUCUGGCCCCUGCUGCCUGGUUCAUUUAAAACUCUUGAAAUGAAGGCAUCAAAAGCUGGCUGGUGGCUGCUGGACACAGAGGUUGGAGAAAACCAGAGAGCAGGGAUGCAAACACCGUUUCUCAUCAUAGACAGAGAAUGUAAGAUGCCAAUGGGACUAAGCACUGGUAUCAUAGCUGAUUCACAGAUCAAGGCUUCUGAGCAUUUGGGUUAUUGGGAACCCAAAUUAGCAAGAUUAAACAAUGGUGGGUCAUAUAAUGCUUGGAUCACAGAGAAACCUUCAACAGAACUUGACUCUAAGCCUUGGAUCCAGGUGGACAUGCAGAGGGAAGUCGUACUCACGGGGAUUCAGACUCAAGGGGCCAAGCAGUAUCUGAAGUCCUACUACACCACGCAGUUCUCUGUGGCGUACAGCUCCGACCGCACGAACUGGCAGAUCUUCAAGGGGAACAGCUCCAGGAACGUGAUGUAUUUUGAUGGCAAUUCGGAUGCCUCUACGAUAAAAGAGAAUCGGUUUGACCCACCUAUUGUGGCUAGAUAUAUUAGGAUCUCUCCAACAAGAUCCUAUAACAGACCGGCCCUUCGGUUGGAGCUGCAAGGCUGUGAGGUUAACGGAUGCUCUGCACCACUGGGUAUGGAAAGUGGAAAGAUAGAAAACAAGCAAAUCACAGCUUCCUCAUUCAAAAAAUCUUGGUGGGGAGAUUACUGGGAACCCUUCCGUGCCCGUCUCAAUGCCCAGGGUCGUGUGAACGCCUGGCAAGCCAAGGCAAACAACAACCAACAGUGGUUACAAAUUGAUCUGCUCAAAAUCAAGAAGAUAACUGCGAUUAUAACACAGGGCUGCAAGUCUCUGUCCUCCGAGAUGUACGUGAAGAGCUACAGCAUCCAGUACAGUGACCAGGGCAUGGAAUGGAAGCCUUACAGGCAGGGAUACUCCAUGGUGGCCAAGAUUUUCGAAGGAAAUAAUAAUAUCAAAGGACACGUGAAGAACUUUUUCAACCCACCAAUUAUCUCCAGGUUUAUCCGCAUCAUUCCUAAAACAUGGAAUCAAAGUAUUGCACUUCGCUUGGAACUCUUUGGCUGUGAUAUUUACUAGAAUUGAAUAUUCGAAGACAUAGGAGGGACUCGUAAAGCUAUCAAACCAUUUAGAGCAGGCAAUGUAUUUUAUAGCUAUUUUAAACAUUAAUAAUUUUCAGUAUUUUCCCUUUUUUCUAUUAGAGAAUAAAAUUUUAUAUAUGAAACUUUCAUAAUGUAAACUCCUUGCUACAAUUCAGUGAGAUGAUAUUAAUUCUUAAUUGAUCUGAAUAUAGAUGGGAAAAAUAUCGAGAACCAACAAGCAAAUGGCUUCUUUCACAAUGAUUAAAAAUGCUAUUAAAGUAAUAUUUAUGUAGUUAGCAAUGCUUCGUUAUAGUUCUUUUAAAACCUACACACACUAAUAAAAAAGAUACUACUUAAAAAAAUUUAUAUCUGGAUAGUUUUCACUCCUACAUUUAAAAAACAAAACAAAACAAAACAAAAAUCCCUAUGAUUUAAGAGUAAAGGAAACAAGGUUUUAAAUGGUUCAUUUUUCUUAACAUGGAAAGAAAAAAAAAUCAUACCAUAUGUAGGAAUGAGUGCUUAAAGUACCCUGUCUUACUCAAACAAUGAUUUUUCUGACCCUCUAUGAGUAAAGACACAGUUGUCCCAA